AUGAGGGGCGAUCAGGAAACAACCAAGGCCGAAAAGGCUCUCCACGACCAGACAAACAUCUUACCUUUGAAGAAACUCCUAGUUGUCUUUGCAACCCUUGCAGUGACUUUAUUAGUCUCAUUCAUCGACCAGAAUGGCAUCAGUAUCACUUUGCCAACGAUUGCUGCGGACCUCAACGCGGAGGAUACGAUAUCAUGGGCGGGUACGUCAUCGCUCAUCGCCAACACGACAUUUCAGAUGCUCUACGGGCGUUUCUCAGAUAUUUUCGGCCGAAAAGCCGUAUUUCUGAGCGCCAUCGGUCUUUUGUCAAUUGCAGACUUGCUCUGUGGGCUUUCACAGAAUGCGACAAUGUUUUACAUCUUCCGUGGCGUUGCGGGCAUCGGCGGAGGCGGUAUCACGAAUCUCGCCAUGAUCAUUGUCUCCGAUGUCGUUACUUUGGAACAAAGAGGCAAGUAUCAAGGAAUCUUGGGCUCGAUGGUUGGUCUUGGAAAUGUUCUCGGCCCUUUCCUUGCUGCCGCCUUUGUUGAGAGGGCAACAUGGAGAGCGUUCUUUUGGAUGCUCUCACCCCUCGGUGUUAUCGUCGGUAUCAUCUCAUACUUCUUCCUGCCAUCUAAGCCCCCAGAUGACGACUUUAUGAAGAGUGUCAAAAAGAUCGACUAUGCAGGCUCAUUCACCUCGUCGGCCGGCGUUAUUUUGCUGCUUAUUCCCAUCUCUGGAGGUGGCGCAUAUUUUCCAUGGAAUUCAGCAAUGGUUAUCAGCAUGUUGACAAUAGGGGCGCUUGCUCUUGUGUCUUUUGUCAUUGUGGAGUGGAAGUUCGCCAAGCUUCCGAUGAUGCCAGUUCCCAUCUUCAAGAACAAGGUUGUUGUUGUCCUCUUGGCACAGUCAUUUCUGUUCGGAGCAGCGUACCAAGGAUAUCUCUACUACAUCCCGCUGUAUCUCCAGAACGCUCAUCAAUUCUCGGUCAUCCAUUCGGCGGGAAUCUAUGUUUCCUUAGUUGUUUGUCAAUCCGUAUUCUCAAUCAUCUCGGGACAGUACAUAUCGAGAACUCAGCGGUAUGGAGAAGUGAUCUGGGCAGGCUUUGGCCUCUGGACACUAGGAGCUGGUCUCACACUUAUUUUCGACCGAAAUACCAAGCCUGGAAUCAUCGUAAUUCCUCUGCUGAUCAUCGGCAUUGGUGUCGGAUUCAUCUUCCAGCCAACGCUGGUGGCCCUGCAGGCGCACUCCAUCAAGUCUCGCCGGGCAGUCAUCACUUCAAAUCGCAACUUUUUCCGAUGUGCCGGUGGUGCUUGCGGAUUAGCCGUCUCCGCGGCAGUGCUUCAAGCAACUUUGCGAGCAAACUUGCCUCCAGGCUUCAAGGACCUCGCCAGCAGUACUUACUCGAUACCGCAACUGAAUGAGCAAGAUAAGUCCGCGGUUCUCGACGCAUACAUGGCGGCAAGUCGAGCAGUUUUCAUUCUUCAGAUACCACUGAUCGGGUUGUGCUUGGUGGGCUGUCUGUUGAUCAAAGACAGAGGCUUGCAUCCGAUCGAGGAGGCGAAGUCAGAUGACACGUUCAGUGAGAGUCGGGAUGAAGAAAUGGGACACCCGAGUGAGAAAAGCUCACAUGAUGGCAACCACGACAGCCACGAGCAAGUGCUGGCACAGCGCACCAGCGCACCACAGCAACAACCCGGGAGGACGUGA